AUGGUUGUUUGUCGUUACUAUUUGCAGGGGAACUGCAAGUUCGGGGACCGUUGUCGAUAUGAACAUCCACCGGGGCUUGGUGGGAGAGCCAGUCGCCAGCAGGUCGGGCCUGGCAUGCCUGCGGCAAGCGGACAGGCAGGGUUCCCGGCCUCAGGCUUGCCUACGGCGGGCACACCAGCAGCCGGGGGCGGCACCUGGCCGGCGGUGACACCAAACGCGUUCAAUAUGUCAGGUGGUGCGCCCUACGGGGUUAACGAUUCAGCAAGGGCACCGGAUCGUGGAGCUGGCAGCGAAACGAACCAGGGAGCUGGGCGUGGUAACAACCAGAGAAAGACGCUUUGGGACUGGUGGCGCGAAGGUCACGAAUCAGGGGUCUGGCCCCUCUCCUGCUACGGCAAUACGUAUGCGAAGAGUUCGGUGAAGGGCGUUGAUGUUUCAUUUGAGGAGUUGCGAGCCGAUGCCUAUGCAGCUGUGCACUUUCAGGGCGCUUCUCUGGCACAGAUCGAGGCACAGGAGGCAAGCCGCGUCCACCAAGCGCUCGAGACUGCGCAGCAGAUGCUGCAACGGCAAGCGCAUCGACAGGCAUCCCGAACGAUGCAGGGCAUGUCAACGGCACCGCCUGCGGCUUUUGCAACAGCACCGCAACCAAUGCCGUCAAUGUCGUCAGCUGUGAAUGGGGCCUUCUCGGCAACUGGAGAGAAAGCGCCCAGCACGAUGACGCGUUUUGGGACGGAAUCCAUGAUGAUGCCUUCUGGAUCCGGUAAGCCGCCUGCGAUGGCGACUGCGUCCAGUUUUGCGCAUCCUGAAAAUGUUUCUGGCAUGUACACGGGGACAUCGUUCCAAGGAGCGGGAGCCGUGCCGCUGAACGCACCACAAAAUUCUCUAGAUAUGGCGCAGGCUUACCAGUCAAUCGUUUCACCAUAUGGCCAGCCUGUCGAGGCACCCUGGUCGAUGGCGGUAUCAGCUGGAGCAGGUUUUGGGGAACCCACGCACCGAACGAACGAGUCCAUAUCGAGCAUGGAAAUGGGAGCUUAUCCGUCCAAUGGCAAUGUUGAGUGGCAGAGUAGUUCGGGAGGCACCGUGCCGCAGCAGCAGCAACAACAACAACAACAACAACUUUCCGAUCAAUCUGCUCAAGCGUUCGCAGCAGAACAUUUCAGCCGCGGUGCCGUGCCAGAGACGCCGCCACCUUCGCAUUUCUGUUAA